AUGGCCGACCUCAUUGAAGAAGCCAAGCGCGCUGCCGCAAAGGUAGCUGUUGAGACGCACUACCCCAAGGAUGCCCGCUGGGUCGGUAUCGGCAGUGGCACGACAGUCGUCUACGUCGUUGAGGCCAUCAACGCCCUCGGGGUGGACACCUCCGCCACGAAAUACGUUCCCACCGGUUACCAGUCCAAGCAGUUGAUUGUCAAUGCUGGAUUGACUGCUGUUGAGUUCGACGGUGUUCCCCCGGGCACUGUCCUGGACGUUGCGUUCGACGGUGCGGAUGAGGUCGACGAGGAUCUGAACUGCAUCAAGGGCGGCGGUGCCUGUUUGUUCCAGGAGAAGAUCGUCGCUAUGCAGGCCAAGCAGUUCAUCUGCGUUGCCGACCACCGCAAACUCCAACCGCGCCUCCUCUCAAACUGGAAGACUAUCCCUAUUGAAGUCGCACCCAUCGCCGCCCACCGUGUCAUCCUCAAGCUGAAGGAACUCGGUAGCGAAAACCCCACAAUCCGAGCCUCUGGAAGUGCAAAGGAAGGUCCCCUCAAGACCGAUCAGGGUUUCUUCAUUAUCGACGCUCCUUUCCCUCCUUUGCUGAUCAAAUCCGAUAUCGCGGCUGGCAAGGAGGGCAAUGGCAAGGACAAUGUGUGGGCGGUUGAGGUGCUGGCUCGCAAGAUCAGGGAUAUCGCUGGUGUCCUUGAAGUCGGUAUCUUCAGUGGACUGACCGGACCCCAGGCCACUGCUGCCGGCGGUAUUGGUGGCGAGAGGCCUGUUGCGGCUUACUUCGGAAUGGCUGAUGGAUCGGUCUCUGUUCGCAAGGCUGAGUAG